CCUCACUAUCCCCUACAUUUUCUUUCUUGUCAUUCUUCAUAGCUAGGGUUUGUUCUUUUUCUCUAUCUCAAACCCUAAAAAUGGCAGCAUCAGCGGCGCCAAUAGAGUCCGUCCAAUGCUUCGGGCGGAAGAAGACGGCGGUGGCAGUCACCUACUGCAAGCGUGGGAGAGGCUUAAUCAAGAUCAAUGGUUGCCCAAUCGAGCUGGUGGAGCCGGAGAUUCUCCGCUUCAAAGCAUAUGAGCCCAUCCUUCUUCUUGGACGCCAUCGUUUCGCCGGUGUCGACAUGCGUAUCCGCGUCAAGGGCGGCGGGCAUACCUCUCAGAUCUAUGCCAUCCGUCAGAGCAUAGCCAAAGCCCUUGUGGCCUUCUACCAGAAGUACGUGGAUGAGCAGAGCAAGAAGGAGAUCAAAGAUAUUUUGGUCAGAUACGACAGGACUCUGCUUGUGGCUGAUCCUAGGCGCUGCGAGCCCAAGAAGUUUGGUGGUCGUGGUGCUCGUGCCAGGUUUCAGAAGAGUUAUCGUUGAAAUGGAGGUUAUGUUUAUGCAUUUAUGAUUUUGGGAAUUGUUUUGAGGUUUUGAUCUUGAUAUUUUAGAACUAAAUUGUUAACGGAUAUUUUUGUUGAUUUGGUUUAUGAAGAGAUUUCUCCUCAUAGACGAAUAGAUCGUAUGAUUGUUUGAGUGCC